CCGAGCUGCUCAGAUAGCUCACACACGCUUCGCACAUCGGACACGAGAGCAGUGUGUGUACGAAAAAAUCGAAAGUGAUUCAAAUCACCGGUCGCGAUCCAGCAGUCUUGAUUCGACCUUCUUCAGUGCAGCAUCGUGCCACGGCUACGGGAGCCAGUUUGGAGGAGGCCUAGAAAUAAAGAGUAGGAAUGAAAAGCUUCUGAGCAACAAGUGUAAGCUCUCGUUGCUGCUGAGUUUAGAAUAAUUCGAAAAAGCUUGUGCGUGAAUCGAAGGACCAAAGCUGACCAGCUGUCAAUAUAAACUCCCAGAAUCCUAUAACCAUGGUACGCUUAGUGGUUCUGUUGCUGUGCGUGUCGAUGGCGACAACGCAGAAGCCGGGCAAUUUUAACUUCAAAGAGAAAGGUUUCAAAAGCAGCCAAAGUUACGACAUAGAUCCGCAAGUGCUGGAAAUACAGCGACAGAACCUGAUCACGCAGAAGAUCCUCCAGCGCUACCUGGAGCGACGGCUGCAUCCGGGCCGUAAGCCACAGAUCCGCGUGCCAUCGGUGGAGGAGAUACUUCCGAAGCCGUUCUCCCCGCUAGCGUCCGUACGGGACGUCCGGCAGCAGAACCAAACCGAGUCGGACGAUAAUGGUGGCGCGCGGUACGAUCUGUUCAACGGGCAGAACGGCCGGCAGUACAACCGGAGCGAAGAGGACGGUGGUGGCGGCGGCAGCAGCAGCAGUCAGGACGAGCAGCAGUACAACGACGAGGGAGGGGACGACUACCGGGAGGAGCGGGACCUGGACCAGUACGACGAUCUCGGUGACGAAUCGACGUACGACAACGAUCGCUUCGACAUCGAGUCGCUGCAGUCGGGCGAAUCGGAGCACGUGGACUCGUUCUAUCGCGACAAGUACUACAGCAGACAGAGAGCAUCUCAGCUCUCGGCCGGCAAUUCUGAUGGAUUGCUAGAUUUGAACGUUCUGGAUGAAGAUUUCGAGGACGAUCCCGAGCUGAGCGUGCUAAGCGAGAUCACAAACGAAAUACGUUUGCGCCAGGAAGCGGCCAAAGAAACUCCGCAAGAUGCCGGAGAUUGUGGUGGCCGAGUCAGGCGUCAGGCAAUCAAUAGCCGCACAUCGCGGCGCGGUCGAGUGACGUUCCGUGAAACGCCCUCCAUUACGAACAGGGUCGACUCACGGUAUUACACGUCGGACGACUACGUCGACUAUCCGACGACGCCGCGCCUCAACAAGAACCUGCGCGAAAACUAUUCCGAGUAUCGGCUGCUGUCCAAGAGCCGUAUCGCCGCCAACGAACCGGUCAAACCGAGUCGGCCACGUGCCACCACGACGCAGACAACGCUCGCGCGGAACGCGGCCCGAUCGCGCAAUCGCAACACGCUAAAAUCGCUCGCCUACAAACCGAACGUGUACAAUGCCAACAGCCGGCGGCCCACGUUUACACUUUCGGCGUACAAUAAGGCACCGACCCGGCCGACUAACGGGCGUCGUGCGGGAAGCUCCCGAGGAACGUACAAGGAAGAGGAGCAGGGCCGUAACUGGAACCGUUUCGGGCAGACCACACCCUCCACGCAGGACUGGCGCCGGAAGACGGUGAGCCUUGGCAGUUCCAACAUUCAGCCCAGUACGGCGGCACUGACCGUAACGUUCUUCCUGCCGACGGACACGACCGUUUCGGUCGUUGCCAACUCCAAGACGGAGAUCAGUCUUAUCAAAACCACCACCACCAGCAUCGAGGAGAUCUGCACGUCCUGCUUUUCGCUGACGCAGGGCCCGAAUGGGCUGCCCGUGCACGUACUGAACAAGGAGAUUACGUCCUUCAACAAUGACGGUCUGUUCGAGAUCACCAAGUUCAUUCUCAGCUCGACACCAACGACCACGAUCUCGGUGUCUCAGAACACGUUCCGCGGCCGCUCGACGGCCUAUUCGGCCACCAUCUCGACCACGAUCUACGAGGCAACGCCUUUCGUACAAACCAAGGGCAAACCGGCCGACCCAAACUCGGUGCUGUCGAACGCACCGCUCGCCAACAUUCUGCUCUCUCAGCUGCUGCUCGGCAAUCUGGGUGUAGCGCCCGAGCCUAACUUUAUCCCCAGGCCGACGGAAUUCCUGCCCGACCCGAACCGCUACCAGGUCAUCGUGACCACGGCGACGGACUACAAGACGCACGUAAAGGAGGUGGUCGAAACGAUCACGCAGACGAAAUCGAUCGUACUGCCGGUCACGUUCCAGGGGCGCGAGAUCCUUACCACGGUGUACGAAAGUGACGUCACCAGCACGGUGAUAACGUCGUUCAUUACCGAGACGCUUACCGUCCCGACGACCUCUACCAUACGCAUACAGCCGACCACAAACCCGGCGGACGAUUUGUCGAACAAGCUGAGCCUGCUGCUGCCCCUGCUGGAGGAACGGGAACGGCAGAAUCGUCUGCUGUCGGCGAUUGAGCCUACGUUGCCGGUCGUUGUUACACCGGCCCCGACGAUCGCGCCCUCAGCUACCAGCGUGUCGAAGGUGUACGUGUCCGGGCAGCAUCCGGGCGAGUUCAGUGUGUCCUUUACCACCAUCAUUAACACGUAAUGGAGGUGUCGUCGUUUGUUAGUGUUGGACACUACCAAUACUCAACUUGAUUUUAGGGGGUAACUAUACAGAAUAUCAGAGACCUUACAGAUGAUCAGGAGCAUUGCAGCUGAUCAUUGUUUUUUUUCAGAUUCAAAUUAGAUUAGUAACAGUAACAAAUGACAACCCUGCAACGCGCGGACUCUCACCGAAUGUUAUGCGAGGGCCGAGAAACUAUUGAGCUUUGUUGGAAGACACUCUAUGGAAAAGAUCACGACACAGAGGGACCAAAAGAGAGAUAAAGCGGUGGGAAUGAUAUUGUACUUUGCAGAGAAGCUUUAAAGAUGACAGAUUUACUUGCCGUAAAUAGAACAAUUUGUUUCUUUUUUUUACCCAAUCGCCAUUGUGUUUUGGAAAGCGAUCAUGAGCUUGCAUCAGAUUUGUGUGCAUGCAUAAAAACAUACUGUUUUUUGAAUAGAACUGUUUUCAUCAUAAAUAAAUCGUACUGAAGCUGUGAAGAUAGAAACA